UCGCGCACGUGACGGUCAGCUGACGCCACCCGGAAGCUUCGAGGAAGCAGACAACCAUAACAACAAAACUUCACCCGCAAAACUUUAAUUUCCCAGUUCUUUAAGAUCGUUAACGAUGGAGUCGACCCUCGAGCAACAUCUCGACGACACCAUGAAGAACCCAGCAGUCGUCGGGGUGCUCUGCACGGACCAACAGGGACACAACCUGGGCUGUCGUGGCUCCCUGUCUGAUGAACAUGGUGGCGUUGUGUCCGUUUUGGCCAAACAAGCUGCAGCUCUCACCAGAGACCCGACAGACUCUCCGACUGUGUGCCUGGAGUCUGAGUCGGGAAACAUUCUGGUGAGGAGUCAUGGGACCAUCACAGUAGCAGUUCACAAGAUAGCGUCUUGAAGAAAACAGGACUCACCGAGGAGUUUUAUUUUAAAGAAAUGUAAUGUAAACACACAUAUAUAAAUAUAAUGACACAACCUGAAUUUACUUUCAGACCCUGUAUUUAAAAACCAGAACGUGCUUGCUUAGUUUCUAAUACUUGGAGUGUGAUUUCUUUCUUUUAUAUAAAACAUACUGUAUUUGCACAGCAAUGUGUCAGUAAUGCUAUUUUAUUGAUAUAAUGUACAAAUAAGGCAUGUUAAUGCUUUGUAUGUGUGUGUGUGUGCGUGUGUGUGUGUGUGUGUGUGUGCCUCUGUCGGUGUGUCUUUUUGUUCCAUAUCCUUAAAUCCAAGGCAGUCAUGCACAGAAUAACAACCUUUAAUAAACUUUAACUUGACUCCGUGCUGCCCUA